UAACCAUGUCGGUAACAUCCGAAUUCCGAACCAUUCAUUAAUCUAGACAGUUGAACACAGAAACAGCGAGAUGAGUUUUCUUGCGGGAAGAUUAGCAGGAAAAGAGGGUGCAUAUUUUUUCCAGGAAUCCAAACAAGCCGUAAGCCGACUUGCCCUGAAAAAUACAACCCAGAAACCUUCUUCUCUGCCUGGUCCUUCUUCUUCCAACGCGGUUCAGCAAGAAGCCCAAGCGGACGUGCUUCCCGAGGUGCUGAGGCACUCCCUGCCUUCCAAGAUUUAUUACCAGCCGUCUGAUUCUUCGUCCCUAUCCACCACCUCCAAGUGGGUUCUUCAGUCGGAUCCGAGAAAAGGGUCUUCUUUGUCUGCCGAGGCUUUGAACCCACUAAGGGCUUAUCUGUCUCUGCCCCAGGUCACCUUUGGCCCCAAAAGGUGGCAACUGCCCCAAACAGAGCACUCGGUUUCGGCCUCAACAGCAAAUGAUUUGCGUGAAGAUAGGCAUGCUCCUAUUAAUCCCGAAAAGUUGAAGGCUGCAGCUGAAGGGCUUAAACUGGUUGGGAAGGCAUUUGCUGUUGGUACUGUAAUUGUAUUUGGUGGUGCCACCUUGCUAUUUGGACUGGCAGUCUCAAAGCUAGAGCUGCACACUAGUGAUGACAUUCGAACCAAAGGAAGAGAGCUAGUAGAGCCGAAAUUGGAGAUGAUUAAGGAGCAACUGGUUCCCUUGAAAACCUGGGCUGAUAAUAUGGCAAAGAAAUGGCACUUGGAAAGGGAGGACAAUAUUAAAGAGAAGCCUAUCAUAAAAGAGCUUUCCAAAAUUUGGGGUGCAAAGACAUCCAAUUGAUUUUUCUUUUUCCUUUUUAA